CGGUCAAGCUGUCAAUAUGUCAGAGUUUCGACCCAUUAGUGUUCUUGGUCGUGGCCAUUUUGGAAAGGUCAUAUUAUCUGAGUAUAAAAAUACAGGGGAAUAUUUUGCCUUAAAAGCAUUAAAGAAAGGGGAGAUAAUUGCGAGAGAUGAAGUGGAAAGUCUUAUGUCAGAGAAGAGAAUUUUUGAAGUGAUUAAUGCCAUGAGACAUCCAUACCUCGUGAAUUUGUUUGCUUGCUUCCAAACUCAGGAGCAUGUAAUAUUUGUGAUGGAGCUAUUUCCCUGUGGGGAGAUUUGGAUGAUGAGCAUAUACACAAUACGAUUUACUGAACCCCGACAUUUUUUUUCGGGUUUUAUGAUAUUAGGCUUUUUACACCUCAUGAACAAUGCAUCUGUUUACAGAGAUUUAAAGUUGGAUAACUUACUGCUAGAUUCAGAAGGUUAUCUUAAAAUUGCUGAUUUUUUGUAAAAAAGGAAUGGAUUUUUUUUUCCCGGGAAUUUUUUGCCCCGGAAUUUGACAGAACCAUAUAACUGAGCAGUUUAUUGGGGGGUCUGGUUUACUUAUUUUGAAAUGCUUUUUGGAAGGUCACCAUUCCCUGGUGAUGAUGAGGAAGAAGUGUUUGAUAGUAUAGUAAAUGAGGAGGUGAAAUAUCCACGAUUCUUAUCCACAGAGGCCAUAGCUAUAAUGAGGAGGUUGUUACGUCGUAACCCUGAUAGAAGAUUAGGAUCCAGUGAGAGAGAUGCUGAAGAUGUUAAGAAACAAGCUUUCUUUAGGAAUCUCGAUUGGAAUCAGUUGUUAAUGAGGAAAGUAAAGCCACCAUUUGUUCCCACUGUAGGUCAUUCAGAGGAUGUCAGUAACUUUGAUGAUGAGUUUACUCAGGAAAAAGCUAUAUUAACACCAGCUAAAGAUAGACGAAGUUUGAAUCUGGAAGAUCAAGAACUGUUCCGUGACUUUAAUUACAUUGCGGACUGGUGCUAGCCCAUGGAAUAAAAUUUUGUUUUUGAGAUAUCAAAAA